AAUCAUAGCGAACAUCAUACUUAGAUCCACGUCGCUGGCGAUCCUUGCGGCCUGCGGCCCCGCCAGACUGAUUGAUUGCUGUAAUAGGUGCUAUAAUAGGGUGACGGAUAUUUCCUUAGUAACGGGAACCGUUUAAAAAGUCGGCUCUAGCACGACUUCAAGUAAUGAUGAUGGUUCCGAGAUCCUUUUUAUACUCACAAAAACAAACCGUGCCCCCAACCUCCCUAACGGCUACAACACACAAGGCAUCUUCACCAAAGAGAAAGGAUGCACUGUCGACGGAGAAGGACGUCGCCUCUUCUAAGUCGUCUCCGCCAAGCAGCAGCCCGCCAAGUGCGACAACGACAAAUGUUGUCGCGCGACCAAAUACUCCUUCGAGCGCCGUACAGAUCCCCAUUAAAUCGAAGCAUGACACCGCGCACUCGCACAGGCCGCGACCACAUGCGCACGCGCAUCGAGCUAACUCUUCUCCAAAUCGAAACUCUCGAGAUGUACACUCACCUGAUGCUAUCCCGCCGUCGGUGGCGGCAUUGCUCGCCAUUACUACUAUUCCCCCACCUAAAAGACGUGGGGAAUCACGACAAAGGCAAUCUAGGGACUCGUCUAGAGACUCGCGGAUGACAGUAAACUCGAUUGUACCUCGGUCUCAAGUAUCAGAGAAGGAGUUAAGCCGGGAACUGAGUGAAGAAUUCGCUCAAGAUUUGAGUGAUAUCAGCUUCACAUCCUAUGGUCGCAGCCCGAUGGAUGUUUUGCUCAGCCCGCCGGACGAGCUCGACGAGGAUGAGGUAUCGUCAAAUAGCGAUAGCGCAUUCGCAUCACCAUUCUCAACCCGCGCGGCAUCGUUUGACAGCAUACCCUCCCUAGGCGAUUCGUUUGGAACUAGUCUGGUUACUUCCAUCGACUCUCCCGUUGCCUCACGCGGGAGAAGGAUACGGCCGCCGAGACGUUCGCUGGAGCCUGUGUCUUCACCUCCCGGUCAACAUUCAGAACAUCCACUUUCUACCAAGAAUAAUCUAGGCGUUGACGAGCUUGAUUUUAGAGUUUUCACUCCAAAACCAAGCCCAACUGAGCAGAAACAGGCUACUGGGCUCGCGCCACUUAAAUCCGUCUUCAAGUCGAAUUUGACGGCGUCGCUUCGUGCAUUGCGCUCUGCCGCCCGAUCAUUAUCUAGUUUUACUUCUUCGUCGAUACCCCCGGAUGAUUUUCUUACUAGAUCUAUACUCACAAUCGACCCACGAGUCCCAUUCACCGACGAGAGAAUGCCUCCCAUCUUAGGAGAAGAACCUAGCGAAGCUAUGCGUCGUUAUCUAAAUCCGACUAGCGUACGCCCAGAAUCGCGCGUACGGUCAACGUUUCGCAGUUAUACAGCGUCUAUUCAGAUGCAAACCUAUAAAGUGCAACGAUCAAGGAGUGCCCCGGCAACUAGUCGUUCAGGCGGCCAAACGGGCAAUUCCAACAAAUCACCGACCGCGUAUGUCUUUCCACCAGGCCCUCGCCAGCGGGAAAUUCGGGAGAACUCGGAUUUCAUUCGAAUUGCGGUCUUAGAACACCUAAUGCGCAAGCGCGGUAAAUUGGACGACCAACGCGAAGGGCACGCACGGUGGCUUCUGCCGCCAAGAAAGCCUACAACAAGACCCUACGAGAUUAGACCCGAUGGUGUUCCCGCGAGAUGGGUUGCAAUUUCACAGGACGUCAUCUAAAUUUGGAGGAAUAGGCAUUUUCUGUCCGACACUUUCCGUCAUCAGCAUACCGCCACUAGGUACAUUACGAUCAUCGGGCUAGUAAAAUUUAUGACUACGCUUGAGCACGCUCGUGGAGAUGAUUGUAAAUCGAAUUUCGAGGGUUCGAUAUUGUGGGUUACCAAUUUUGGCUAACAAGUGGUCAAGACGACUGGAUGGAGGUGAAAACAAAGGACUCUGUCCCACAUCCUACGUCACCGGCGAAU